CUUUAGCCGAGCAGCAGCCUGCACUACACGCUGCGUGCCUGGACCGCUCUGUGUCUCUCACACGGGACUUAGUUCCAACGCGCCACUUUUCCCACGAGAUGGUGAUCGUUUCCGUGCCACAGAGUGUGCUCCACACACGAUAACUACUGAAAUAGUUGUGUUUUAAUGACGUGUUUUCGCCCGGACUCUGUGCGAGGACUAAGGAAUAAUCAAAGUGCGCGCAGGUAGGCUACAGCCCUGUCCUGCGCUCAACUGGAUUUCUAUCUGGAGUGACUCUUUUGGGAAUGUUUUAUUAAAUGUUUUGUUGGACCGGACUGUACUUUUCCACACGUCAGUACUGACAAGAUUUUUUUCCUUGUACCAACUUUAGGAAACUUGAGGUCCACCAUGUAUCUGAGCAGUCUAUGGACAGUCCACACCAUUCUGGCCCUGUGUAGUUUGGCCUCAGGGAACAUCAUCACCACCGCCACCGCCACCACCAACCAAGUCAUCAGUGAUCCGCUCGCUGCACCCCGCGUCUUCAUCUCAUUCAAAGAGCUGAGGUCCACCGGCACUGCCCAUCACUUUGCUUUCCUCCUCAACACCACUGACUACCGCAUACUGAGGAUGGAUGAGGACCAUGACCGCAUGUAUGUCGGUAGCAAGGACCACAUCCUGUCUCUAGAUCUCCAUGACAUCAACAGGGAGCCUCAUAUUAUCCACUGGCCAGUGUCUGAACGCAGAAGGAUGGAGUGCCUUGUGAGUGGGAAGGAAGCCAACGAUGAGUGUGCAAACUUCAUCCGUCUGAUCGAGCCAUGGAACAGGACACAGCUGUACGUGUGCGGGACAGGAGCGUACAACCCUGUGUGUACUUUUGUCAACCGCGGACGCAAACCACAGAGCUCGAUGUAUCUGCAGAUGGCCCAGGCCCGGGGGAGGGCUAGCCGCGCAGCAGAGCCCAGCGCGGUGCACGAGACUCUGGGAAUAAAGGAGGAGAUCUUCCACUUGGAGCCAGGCAGAGUGGAAUCGGGGAAGGGAAAGUGUUCAUACGAUCCAAAACUCAACAGUGUGUCCGCCCUGAUCAAUGGGGAACUCUACGCGGGAGUCUAUGUUGACUUUAUGGGAACAGACUCGGCCAUUUUCCGCACUCUGGGGACCAAGACGGCCAUGAGGACAGAUCAGUACAACUCCAGAUGGCUUAACGAUCCCACAUUUGUUCAUGUGCACCUCAUCCCUGACAGCGCCGAAAGGAAUGACGACAAGCUGUAUUUUUUCUUCCGAGAGAAGUCUGCGGAGAUGGGCCAGAGUCCGGUGACCCAGUCGCGGAUUGGUCGCAUCUGCCUGAAUGACGAUGGAGGCCACUGCUGUCUGGUGAACAAGUGGAGCACCUUCCUGAAGGCCAGGCUCAUCUGCUCUGUCCCCGGGGCUGACGGCAUGGAGACACACUUUGAUGAGCUCCGAGAUGUUUACAUACAGCCAACACAGGACACAAAAAAUCCAGUCAUCUAUGGAGUGUUCUCUGUCUCCGGCUCUGUGUUCAAAGGCUCAGCAGUCUGUGUGUACUCUAUGGCUGACAUCCGCAUGGUCUUCAAUGGACCUUUUGCCCACAAAGAGGGUCCCAAUUACCAGUGGGUUGCCUAUACAGGAAAGAUUCCAUACCCUCGUCCUGGGACGUGCCCCGGAGGUACUUUCACUCCAAACAUGAAGUCAACUAAAGACUACCCCGAUGAAGUGAUCAACUUCAUGAGGAACCACCCAACCAUGUACAACUCUAUCUAUCCAGUGCACAAGCGCCCCCUGGUGGUUAGAACCAAUGUGGACUACGAGUUCACCACCAUCACAGUGGACCAGGUGACUGCAGCAGAUGGCAACUACGAAGUGCUCUUCCUGGGAACUGACAAAGGCACUGUGCAGAAGGUCAUUGUGCUGCCCAGAGAUGACCUGCAGACUGAGGAGCUGGUGCUGGAGGAAGUGGAAGUCUUUAAGGUGCCUACUCCCAUUACAACAAUGAAGAUCUCCUCUAAAAGACAACAGCUCUACGUGUCAUCUGCCAUCGGCCUGACCCAGCUGGCCCUGCACCGCUGUGAUGCGUAUGGGGAGGCGUGUGCAGACUGCUGCCUGGCCAGAGACCCUUACUGCGCCUGGGAUGGCAAAUCCUGCUCCCGCUACUCUUCCUCCCAGAAGAGACGAAGCCGGAGACAGGACGUCAGGUACGGGAACCCCAUACGCCAAUGCAGAGGAUUCAAUUCUAAUGCCAAUAAGAACACAGUGGAGAUGGUACAGUAUGGGGUGGAGGGCAGCAGCACAUUCUUAGAGUGCCAGGCGCGCUCCCCACACGCUCUGAUCAAAUGGCACCUGCAGAGAGACAACAGCGACCGGCGGAAAGAGAUGCGUUCAGAUGGACGGAUCCUCAAAACAGAGCAGGGUCUCCUCCUGCGCUCCCUGCAGCCCUCAGACUCUGGUCUGUACCAGUGCACAGCCACGGAAAAGAACUUCAAGCACACUUUGGUCAAGCUCCAACUGGUUGUGUUGUCAGGCCGCGCUGUCAACAACGCCUUGGUAGAGGUCGCUGGGGGUCUGGUGCCAUCCUCCCUCCACACCAGCACACAGUGGACCCCCAGCGCAGGGCAGUACAAGGACCUGUUGACCAUCCUGAGCCAGCCCGAGAUGAAUCUGAUCAACCAAUACUGUCAGGACUACUGGCAGUAUGGAGACCCGCUGAUGGGGGCACUCAAGGCCAAAGAUCUAAAGGAACUGAAGGAGCAGAAGAAACCACGCAACCGCCGACAUCACGGGGACCACCAGGAUGACGAGGACCAGACAGAGACAUGAGGAGGCGUUUAGAGACUUACUGUAUACUUCCUCUGUCCCGCCCCUUUACCCUGUGAAAACUGGGAGAGACUCGUAGCAAAAGAAAAAAGAUCAACUCCACAAUCAAACUGAGAAAAGAAAAAGCUUACAGAUACAACCCCAUACACUCAGAUAUAUGAUACGCAGUAUUUAUUGUAGGUUGUAUAUAUUACCAUCAGUGGAUUCUUUGUACUUAUAAAACAUGCUCUUUGUGUAUAGGUACCUUUUGGGGGCGAAUAUUAAUGUUAUUACUGUUGUUGGUUAUUUUAUUGUUGUUGCUGUUACUUCUUUGUCAACAUCAUGUGUCUCUGCACCAGUUGGGAGCGAGCUAAGGGGUGAUGGGAUAUGUAGUUUCCUGCUUGUUUUGGACUCGGGACCUUUUAAAUUGUGGAUGCAGUGGGACCCAGUGAUGCAGUGUGGUCAGAUGCAUGGACAUGGACUUAACACUGCAAAAUGACUGGAUUAUUAUGGAUCCAUGAGGAACAAGGCAUUUCUACAGAGACUGCAUUCAGCCUGCAAUAUAAAUGUGAUGUUUUGUGUUCUGAGUGAGAAGACUAACUGGGGAAUCAUGCAACAUCUGCCGGGAUGAAAAAUGACUUAAAGGGUCUGUGUGUAAUGUUUUAUUUUUACUUUUGUACUUCGAUGAUGGCCCAAAAAAGCUCUUAUUUCCUUUUUUUUGUAUGAUUAAAUGGAUUCCUCAGCAGCAUGAUCUGAGAAAAUGUACAAUGAUUACAUAUGGAGAAAAUACUUUGGUAAAAUCUAGUCCUGCUAAUUGAAAUAUAAAAAUGCAUAUAAUUCCCUUUGAGACUUAAAAAUGCAGGCAAAAAUACUAUACUUAGAAUAAUGUAACUACAACUAUUUGCAUUUUACAACAAUUUGAUUGGACCAACCUGUAACACCUUCCAUGGGUUUCACUGUCACUGUGUUAAUUUAACUUAAUUACAAUUCAAAGACAAAGGAUUGGCAAAAGUACUCAAAAUGGCGGCUUUAAAUACUAAACUGAAACCCAUGAAUAAGAUGAAUAAGUCAUCUGAUUGCUUUUAGAGGCAGCUAAAUUUUCAUACAUUUCUUUUGCCCCUUCUGCCACCAAGACCAGACUAAACAUUGGGGCAGAUCAGGCUAAUAUAGACAAUAUAUACUUUUCCAAAUGCAGAACUGUUACAAAGGUUGUCAAGGUUUUGCAUGAAGGGCAUUAUUCUUUUAAUUUAAAGGGAUGACAUAUAUGGAACAAGCACAACUAUAUAGCAGCUGAUGUUGGUGGAGACGACAAUGAAACUGGUGCUCAGACGGGACUGCAGCAUUAAACCUGAGCACAAGACAUAUUCCUGAUUCAAUUCCCUUGUGAAAAAUGCCCGUGUAUACAACAAAGCAUUGUAAAAAAAAAAAAAAUGUUGUGACUCUAACCAAAAUGUGGGGAAGCUGGCUUUCAUUGUGUGCAUGAACCUGUCCGAUGUGCUGUAGUUCUGAUCCUGUGUGCUCAUUGUUUUCAUUCAUGUCACAGGGACAUUCUUCAGUGAAAUGGGUGGAUCCGAUGCUUUAAGUGCACCACACACACCUCUGUACAUAGACAUAAACAGGAUGUGUCUUUUUAAGGUGUGUUGUUGUGUGUCGUCCGUGUGCAACGUGGAACAUUUGUGGCACAUAAUGUUGGAGAGAAAAUAAAGUAUUGUCUAUGGA